GAGAAUUAAGAAAGCCAUGGAUUCAAACAAAGGUCAAGCCCUGGCCGCCGCAUCGUACAUUUUAUAAGCUUCUAUGAACCCUCGAUAGUCCCACCGCAAAUAGUUUUACUCAGAAUCUCCACACAGUACACUCUACAGAAAAGUCAAGAUAUCUUCCCACCGCAGGAGCUCAUCUUUGCCCAAGAAGUCACAAGCUGAUAGCAAUCGAGUAAAAAGAUCAACCUCGACCAAGCAUUAUUUGGACCAUCAAUAAUGAUGGGCGAAGAAUCAAAGGUCAGUAACCCGACUGAAGACAAACCAGCCAAGGAAAAGAGAGAACGAAAGCACCGUCAAGGAUUUUACAAUCGUGAUCGAAGAAUGCAUGGAGUCCAGAGUGCAUAUGGAUUCUGGAAAGCUCCCGGUCGUGAAGGCGCAGAGCAAGACGCAGCAGAUGCUUCCAAUUCCGACUGGACUUCGAACUCAGAAUAGGACUCUGAUGCAUCAUACCCUCCUCCAAAAAUCAAGAAUUGCAACCUCCGCGACUAAAAUAUACCCGUCGCUGAUAAAACACCCAUGAAUAAUCUUCCCCUGAAGUA